UGGAGGGUAUAUUCCAUUACAGAUUUUUAAAAAGUGUAGAGGGUUUUUCCCAAACUAUAGGUGUAAGUAUUGGGCUUCUGGGUGUCGUUAAUGGCUUUAGAAUUCCUCACGUGCCUCCUGUGAAUGGCUGCAUUUGUCCCCUUCCCUUCAGAAGGAAAGAUGUGGAGCGGGCUCCUACCUCCUGGCCUAAGCGAAGACGAUGCGUUCAGUUCUGAAGGUGAAGACACCCUAGAGAACUCUGGACUGAACCUACAGGAAGACAGAGAAGAUGGGACCAUCACAGAGACGGAGACCUCACAUUCCCCUGUGGAUGGACCAAAAACUGAAGCAGAGGCAAAUGCAAAUGCAAAUGCAUAUGAACAGUGUCCUUCUGGAAUCCCCAUACAUGUGUGGAAUAAAUUUCAAGACUUGCAUAAAAAACACUCUGACCAGAAAAUCUCAGCUUCAAGAUUCAGAAGGAAAAAAAGAAAACGCUCCAGAAAAGGUAAAUUGAAGACUGAAGAAGAAUCUCAUAGUGAACAGUCCCCAAAUGAAACCCAUUGGAAGGAACUAACUCAAUAUUUUGGAGUCAAUGACAGAUUUGAACCCCCUGUUAAAAAGAAAAAAGUUGAGAAGUCGGGCCUUGAAAAGAGCAUAGACCAGGCCGUGGAAGAGUGGAAUAUUGAGAAGGCCGAGGAACUCAGCAACCAGCUAGCUACCCGAGAGCUUGGUGUAAAAAUUGCCAAAGCAAUUGCCUGCCAUAACUUUGUAAAAGCCAAAAAGGAAGCUGAAAAUUCACAGGUUGCUCGAAAAAAGAAGAAACUUGCAUGGGGAUUUGAAGCAAAGAAGAGAUGGGAAACCAAAAGCAACAUGGGAUACAUGUGACCUGCCAGAGCUCUUCAAGAUGUUGUGUCUUUUCUUGAGCUUUACUUGAUUCUUCAAGUGCUCAGUUGACUGAAAAGAUAUUCCUGUUUAUGUUAAACAUGUCAAGAAAUUGAUAGAAGUAGAAAAAAUAAGCAUAACAUUUGGGGUUGGUUAUCAGUCUUUUUCUAAAGAGUUCAUCCUGUGGAAGUGAGUGGAGUGGAGUGUCUGUUAUUUGCACAAGGAACCUAAGCACACAGACGGGGGGAAGAUAGGGUUUUAUUAUUUAUUUAUAGAGACCUGCAGUAUAAAAUCGAUUCUGCUUUUCAUCCAUUUGGUGUGGCAUAGCCGAUGAGCUGCUUGUGCUUUCUUAUCUGUUCUCAGUGGAACUGCACUUAUUCUGGAAUCGUGUUUUUAAGAUUGGCAUUUGUUUAUGAUGGAUUAGUCAUAAAUGUAAGAAAGUCUCCGUUGAUACUGUUUUUUACAAAGGACUUCAUCUUAAUGUUCUAAAAGUAAUGAUUGGUUCUUACUGGGUGCAGUAGAGUUGAUACUUGACGGUCACUAAUAAAAGCAGUUGGUUGGUUUUGAUGUGCCUUCAGAUAAAAUAUUACAAUAAAAAAAGGACAGAA